UAAAAAGAAACUUUUGGCAACCAUUGCCAUACACCAACAACACAGAAAACACCAAGACACAACCACAGCUCCCCUCGGAAAGAAAACAGACAGUUGAUAGGAGUGGAGUCAUUGCAUUCUGUUCUGAUCCACAACACACACUCUCUUAUCAGUCAGUCCGUCUCUCUCUGAGCUUGCUACAGCACUACAACCUUCCUCUCCUUCUACUUCUAUUUAUUUGAUCAAGAUCAAUACAAAAUGGGCGAAUGCGAGACGAACGAGGCGACAUCCAAUUCGGCCAUUGGAAUUGGACUGGUACUACUGGCAUGCCUGUGCUAUGCCUGUGGGAAUUGCUUACAACGCUACUCGCUAUUACGUAAAAAGGGCGAGAAAGUGUUUUGGGUGUUGAAUCGUCACGUGGGUUGGUUUGUGGGCGCCAUUGUCUACUUUUCGGCGAAUGGCAUUUACUCGAUUGCCCUUUCGUUUGCGCCGGUCAGUGUCUUGGCGGCCGUGUUUAGUCUCACGAUUGUGGCCAAUGCGACAUGCGCGUGGUUGGUCCUCGGAGAUCAAGUUCCCAAAUUGGCACUGCCGGGAUAUGCCAGUGUUCUUGCCGGCAGUGUGGUGUUUAGUAUGACAGUCCAAGCCGAAGUCUGUCAUUUCAGUGGCGAAGAUCUCAAACAAGUCAUGACCAGUCCGGCCGCCAUUGUCUAUUGGGUCAUCAUGGCCUUUAUUGUGUUUGGAGGAAUCAUGUUUGCCUAUCCCUUUGAGAAAAUGUAUCCCAUCAUGACGGAUGACGACGAUGAUGAUAUUGAUGUACCACAGGAAAGCAAAGAUGACGCAGUCAUUGAUGACAAAGACCAACCCAACGGAGGAGACAGCAGCAACAACAAUCAAAAGGAACUGGCACACAAAGCCGUUACGGGGCUCACGGAUCAGGAUUCCAGUGCUCUACAGGACGAAGAAAACAGCCCUUCAGGUAUGCAAUGGAGUACACUCUACCACGGAGACAUGUCGUUGAAGGAACAAAACAAUACUACUACUGCUCACCACAAUAAUACUAAUUCAUCAUCCAAAACCACAGAAAACAACGAAGACACGCAGCAACAACAACAGCAACCAUUGGAAACGGAUUACACGGAAAUGGCACAACUCGAACAAGACGCAACACAACCGAUGCAGCCCAGUUCUCUCUCACUACUCCUCGCAGGAUUCAUUUAUCCUUCCUCUUUGGGUGCCACCGAAGCUGUUGGGGCAUUGAUCUUGAAGGGUGUCAAUUCGCUUUUUACUACCAUGGCCACGGACGAAGAUACCCCAGAAGAUGAAAUUGAUUAUCACAUUGACUUGUGGAUUGGAUUUCUACUUGUCGGUGUUUUUAUUUUUGCCGGUAUUGUCAUUUGGUUGCGACUCACGUACAGUCGAUUCCAAAUUACGGCUGCCUUUCCCGUCGAAUUUGGAAUGCUCACAUUUGCAUCCGUCGUGGGAGGAUUUGCCGUCUUUGAAGAUCAUCAAUACGUACAAGGUGCCGGUGCGUGGGCCGGUGUCAUUUGUGCUUCUCUACUCAUUCUAGGAGGCAUUGCAGAAGUGGGAUAUGCCAGUUGGUUUGCCCAAAAAGCACGACAGGAAGAAGAAGCGCAAGCCGAAAAAGCAGAAGCAGCCGCCACCAAACAAUCACAAGACGCGCAACCCGAAAAAGCCAAGGAUAUCGAUGGGUAAUUGUUUUAUUACUGUAUUUGCAUUGCAUUGCAAUCAAUCAUGCAAUGCAUUUCUUGCCAAUUUGGUUGGAAGAACGGGUUUGAAAAAUCAUUUAGGAACAACAACAACAACACGCGCACAACAAUCACAACAAUCACAACAACAACAUGGGCACGCAAAACACACACACACACACACACACACACACACACACACACA